AUUCGUGUUAAAGGUACAUCUGUUAUAAUGUAGAUUUAAUCCUUUUUAAUGUAUUUUUCGAUAUGUUAGACUAAAAACAUUCUAUUUAAAAAGCUAGUACUUAUGAAUCACUACGUAUAGUUAACAAUCAUUGCCCUAAACAUGUAAUUGUCGUGUAAAGAAGUGCCCUACAUUUCACACAUUUUUCUCAAAUGGAAGAAAGUUGUGUAGUAAUAACCCCUGUUUCUCUAAAGGAAGUGACUUGAUUAUUCUUUUGUGAUGGAAAACAUAUAUUAUUCCGGCUAUAUGAUAAUUCAGUGAAAAACUGUUGUUAUGUAUACUUUGGUGGAGGUAGCACUCAGCAUUGGAGUGCUCGCCACUCUUGUUACCGCUCUUACAGUCUGUGUAUGUGGCUGCAAAAAUAACAACCAAAAAAGUGAGUUGGUUGGUACAGCUGGUGUGGUCAAAAUCCGUUUAGAUGAGGAGGUACCAUCUCCGACACCUACCACCCCCGCCUCCAUUAAGCGGGCGUCAACUCAAAACAGUCAGAGAAGUCUCCCAGAGAUACCACAUCCUGUUGGUAGACAUGACAGCGGAGACACGGCCUCAGAAAUAUAUGCGACUGUCAAUUUGGAUGAAGGAAAUAAAGCGGUGGCGGCGUCCUCGAGUCGAGACCACUCGUACGAGCACGCGUACGCUAAACUGCAGAACGAAAGCCAUAAUGUGACCGUUGAAAUAACGCCCGAUGAAAGAUCAGAUGUGAUAGAAGUUGAAGAAAGAGAUGCUGGGACCUCAGCCUCCGAGGGCGUGUUAAUAUCAGCGUCUGUGGCUAUCAGCGGUCAGCUCCCGUCAAGUCAGGAGCUGCCAUACAUAACACCGCCGUCUCCGCGACCUGAACAACACUUCAGCGGCGACUCCACAGACUCUGCCAAGGGAUACACCAGUAUAUCGGUCCGUGAGCCGCUCAGUAACAUUCGAGCGGCGAACAAACACACACACGCACACUACGCCACCGUCUCAGACGACUCAGACGAAAUGUACGCGGCCAUAGAGGAGGCCAGUGUGGGCGAGGGUUCAGACACGUACGCUCAGAUAUCGACUGAACCACGACGACAGACGAAUGAGGUCAACGACCCGGGCACGAAACAACUCACUAACAACACGCUACAAGCUGAACAGAGCACACAUCAUGCGAGGCGAAGCGCUCCACCUGAGAUCGGCGCGUCCGUCUCAAACGCAACGCAACAUUCCAGGCAAGCCUCAAUGUCUUCAUGUUCCAAUUCCACGGGGGCUCUGGGUUCCCCUAAACCUGAGAAGCGCCAGGCGAACUCCCCGCUCCCCCCACCCCCGGCACACGCGCCACACCCCUCCCCACACCCGCCCCCGACCGCACCCCUCUCUGCACCCCCCGGAGACGUUCUGGCCAUGAGACACCAGCGGAUAUCGAGCACAGGUGAUCUACACUUCAACCAUGAUAAAUUACGGCGGAGCCUCAACGAGAAGCAUCAAAGAAAUAACAGCUGUGUCAGCUCGUCCGACUUCUACGGCUGUAACUAUCCCGUGGAGAAACACAGGUUCAGUUCAGGAGAUCUCAUACGGCCUCUGGUGGCCAAAGAACUGAACUUCGACAUCGACCAGAAAGAAAACCCGCCGGAUAAUCUAUACAACUCCAUAGACGGUCCGGGAUAUAGUGACUACUCGUCCACGGACGCCAACACGAGCAUACAGUCAGAGCACAGGAUCACAGAGAGCCCUUCGAGGAAUGUAGAAGAAAUGUACGCUAAAGUUAUGAAGAAGGUGAAGACGAAAGAGGAGAGAAGGUCCAAGGACAUCUCGAAUAACGACGAAAAUACUGGACCGAAGUACAGAGGAGACGACCCCGGAUACGAAACUAUUGACCGCAAACAAUCCAAUCACGGCUAUGAAACCAUAGAGAGGAACGAGCAGAAAGGAUCCAACCAGGAUCCGGGAUACGAAACAGUCAAGGACAUCAAUAAAUCCAACCUCACAACAUUCACAAACAAUAACUUGUCAAAGUUAAACCAUCUGUCCGUGGACAGCGGGCCCAACAGCAUAAUCAGCAGCGACGCGGGCUAUGAACUAAUCGCGAAAGCGGACGCUAACGCCUCUGAUUCAGAUCCAAAUUACGAAGUUCUACGAAAUCAACCUCCGACCCCUCCGUACGCCACCAUCGCGCCAAACUAUAAAGUACAGCCGACCUACUCCACUGUGAAUAAACGACCGGUUAAAUAUAACAACUGGACCAACAACAACGAAGAGGCCAUGUUGGAACCGAACUACGAGUCGAUGACCAACGAUCCGUUCUACACGACCGGCAGCGAGUCGGAUCCGAAUUACGAAUCCGUCCGUCCGAAGGAACCCAACUACGAGUCGCUGAGAUGCAAAGAUCCGAAAUACGAAUCCGUCCGCUCGAAGGAUUCCAAAUACGACUCGGUGAGAUCCAAGAAAGAUCCCAACUACGAGAGCGUCAAGUACUUCGAGCUAUCCAACAGAGACGAAGCCUCGGGCGUCGACCGCUCCGACUCCACCGCCGGUUACGAGAAAAUCAAUGUCCAAAAAGACGCCAAGAACAGUAUUAACAACGGCACCGACUGCACUGUCAGUGAUUAUUUCCAAGUCUAACUAGCUUUAGGGCUUAUGACGUCACACGCGCCGGUGGCGCUGCGUCGGCGUACCGAGGAAUUACUUUGAGAUUAAGCGCUCCUUAUUAAUUUAUAAUAUGUUUUUUACGAAUAUACCUAACGCGUGUAUUACCUCAAAGAUGGAUAUAACGUAAUAUCUUCCUUAGGUAUCUGUGAUAUGUAUUUUGAGUACGAUAUUAAUUUACUCAAUUAAGUUAAGCUCGAUGUAUUUCAAUAUCUGACCGCGCGGAUUGAACGUUUGUAAUCUCUAUUCAUUAACGUGUUCAUUGUUUUUUUUUUUAUGCAUACAAUUAUUAUGAUACAUGUAAAAAGUUAGAUAUUACAUAUAGAAGACACAAAUGUAGGCGGAUUUUUUAAAGCAUGAUCGGAUUUUGUAUAAAAGUUACGUCAAAAAUUGUUUAGUUUAGCGCUUUAAAUAAUAUUAAUAAUUAAAACUAGUUGCUAGAACUAAUAUUAUGUAUUUAACAAUACUAAUUUAAAUCUGUUUUAUUGAAUUUAAUUUGUUUUGUAGAAAAACAUUGUGCAAAAUAUACAAGGCCUAUUCGUAAUGGGUGUUCGACUCGAUAGAAAUUUUAAAGUGAUUCCAAUAUUAUUAAAAGGGCAUUUAUAUUAAGUUAGCUGUUUUAAAUUUUCGAUAUGCAAUUUACAAAUGAGUAUUACGGCGAUUCUAAUAUAUUUUAUGUGCUUUAAUGUUGUUAUGUUGUUUUGUUGUGAAACAAAGUAUUUUAAAAUUAUUAUUAUUAUUAUUUUUUUUGUAAUAAUUAAGUUAUAUAAAAUGAAACAAAAUCAUCAUGUAAAAAUAUUUUAAGGUGACUUAUAAAAUAGUACCUGAAUCUUGUUUUAUAAUUUAUUAAAGAAAACCAGUUUAAAAAUACUUAAGUUAUUCAAUGUAGUCGUAUAAAUAAUACAAAUAAUACCAUCCGUAAUAUAUAUUUAAUACAACUGUCACAAUAACAUUGUCUUAUCUAGUGUCUUAUUUAGGUUUUAUAUGUACAAUGUGUAUGUCGGCCUUAUGUGGAUUCAGCAAUACUUAUUCAUGUUAUAUUAAAUUAGACUUACAAAAAAAUAUUGUUCAUGCUUACACUUAUAACAUUAUGUAUCGAAGCUUACUGAGUUAAAAUCAUCAGCUGUUAUAUUCAUUCAAAGCCAUAAUUGCAUAUAUUACUGCCUGUUGUAUGUAUCUCUUGACAGUGACUUACUAAAUAUAAUAUUUGCUUUCAAAUAGGAAUUUUCUACAAUCUUUCCGUUUCUUAAUAUUACCAAAACAAAUGUAAACAGUACUAUCUUAUAAUAAAAUAGAUUUUAAUCUUGGAAAGUAUGUUUUGAUACAAACAAUGUAUAAACCUUUCAUUCUUUUAAUUAUUGUAUACUUUUAUAUUUAUAUAAACCCAAUCAUUCCGUAUUUACUGUGGCUAUUUUUAUAUGUAAGGACAAAAUAAAGUAUGCCAUAUAUAUA